AUGGAAUGCACACACCCGAUCCAGGUGGCUGGGCUCUGUGCUAUAUGUGGUAAAGAGAUUGAUGAGGGGUCGUUUGACCAGCCUACAUUCGCUACACUGCACUCCUCGGCAAGUGUGAAAGUGUCUCGGGACGAAGCAAUCCGAAUGGAUUCCGAGGAAACGCAAAGACUUAUUGAGCAAAGAAAGCUUGCGCUUAUUGUGGACUUGGACCAAACUAUCAUUCAUGUAACAGUUGACCCGACAGUCAAAGAGUGGGCGCAUGACAUCAAUAACCCGAAUUGGCCAGCCCUGAAAGAUAUUGUAGCCUUCCAACUAGGUGCCGAUGGGAAAACUGUAUCGCAUCAGCCGGAACACAUUGAUGAGGAGCAUGUGAAGAAUUUUGCGACUGACGGUGAUGAAAAUGGAUGCUGGUACUAUGUGAAACUUCGACCUGGUCUUACAUCAUUCCUGGCCACAUUGGCAGAGAAAUACGAGCUGCAUGUUUAUACUAUGGGUACAAGAUCCUAUGCUGACUGCAUCUGCCGCAUUGUAGAUCCAGAAGGCCACCUCUUUGGAGCAAGGAUCCUCUCGCGUGAUGAAAACGGCAGUGAUGUCCAAAAAAGUCUGUCGCGGCUUUUCCCCAUUAGUACCGAUAUGGUUGUAAUUAUUGAUGAUCGCGCAGAUGUAUGGUCCUGGAGCCCCAACCUUAUCAAAGUAGAGCCGUAUGAAUUCUUUGUGGGCAUUGGUGACAUAAAUGCAUCACACCUGGGACCAACUAAGCCAUUAGUGCCGCUCACGGGUGUACCGACACAUCCAACAACUGUGCCCAGCAUCACAGACGAACAGCAACAAAAGUCGAUUCAGGAACAGAGAGAUGCACGGCCUCUCAAGCGCAUUCAAGAAGAAAAGCUCGAGCAACAAGCGAAGGAAAAAGAAGAGAUGGAGAAGGAGGAGAAGCAGCUUGAUGUUGAGCUACUUCACGAUGACCUGGUGCUCAAAAAUGACGAUACGGAGCUAGAACUGAUUGAAUCUAUUCUUCUAGAAUUGCAUGCACAAUGGUACGAGGGAUUUGAUACGGAGAAGACAAAAUAUGCUCAAGCUGAGUUUGUUACAUCAAGGCCUGAUGUAAAGAAUGUGCUUCGUCGAAUGAAGAAAGAGGUGCUGAAAGGCUGUGGCCUUGUAUUUUCAGGGCUGAUUCCCUUGGGCCAAGAACCAGAAACUGCUGCUAUUUGGACCAUGGCGGAAGAUUUUGGCGCCAAAUGCUACCAAAAUCUGGAGAAGGACGUAACACACGUCGUGACAGCCAAUCCACAUACGCUCAAGGCCGAGGAAGCGUACAGACGCGGGAAUAUUCAUGUGGUAUGGCCCUCUUGGCUCAACGACUCCAUCUGCCGGUGGAUGAAGCAGGGAGAAGCGACCUAUAUCAUCCCACGAAAUACCAAGCUGUCGUUGCUUCCAGUGGAGGUGCAGAAUAUUUCCGAGAGCACAUACUCGGAGGCAGACCCUGACGCAAGUGCAGCGAUGGCCAAUUUGGCGAAUAUGGACUGGGGAGAGGCCGAAGAUGAAGUGGAUGCAUUCCUCGAUGAAGAGGAGGAGGAUGCCGAAAGUGAAUACGAUUCACAGGCUUCUUCAAUAUUGGGUUCAGAUGUGGACCAAGCUCAGUCGGAGGUGGACAAAGAGUUACUUUUGACUCCUCUAAGUAAACGACGACGUCUAGCAGCAUUGCGUGGCGGACCAUCGAAGCUGCGACAGAGUUUCCUAGCAGAGGAUGCUACAAACGAGCCAGAUGAGGGCGCAGAGGCAUCAUCCAGUCCUGAGUCUUCACCCAAACGGCGCCGCGUAGAGCCGAAAGAGACAAAUCGGCCUGCCAAGCCGAAAGAAGUGGAAACAUUGCAGGAAGCUUCAACGCAACCAGCCUCAACAGAGAGCGAAGACGAGCACUUCCUUGAUGACCUGGCGCUGGAGAUGGAACGCGAACUAGGCGAAGGUGGAUCCAGUCCCAAGUAG